GGUGGUCUAAUAGAACUUGGUAUCCGAAUGACUCAGUUCUGUCUGCGGUCUCUAAGGCAAUUCUGAGGUGAGCAAACUCACAACGUGUUUGGUUCGGAAUGCUUGGAGGCCAAUCCUCCUAGGUAGGAGGUAGUGGCAGGCUCCCAGCACGUAUCAUGUCCUCACGAAGAGCCUGCAGGUCUGCCAAUCCUUCUACCACCUGCUGUUGAGACUGUUGAAGCAGAAAUCUCUCACGCUGGAUGUCCUUUAACUCAGCUCUCAGUGUUGUGACAUUAUCUAUAUGGUGUUGCGAGCUGUGACCUGUGGUGCCAUAGUCUUGCGUCCACUCGUCGCCUCUAUAGGAGCGAUGAUGAGGAGAAGUGUGCGAAUUUCUCCAUAUCUUCGUCGCAUGCACGCACGCACACCCUCGGUACCUUGAGACUGUUAACUGGUCGGCGUCAGCUGGCGAAAUCCUCUCUCUGCUUCCGCGCCUGUCCCGCGACUCGAGAUCCCUUCACGGAACGUGGGAAUUCCCGCUGUCAACCGCGCCGUCUCACAGAGCCGUUUAGACACAGGCGCUACCUAUCCUACUGUCCCCCACCACCCCCCAUCAAGAAACAGGUAAGCCAGACCCAGGGGCCACGGUAGUACUACCAAAGAAAAUUACUACUUUUUCUUCUUCACCCACUCCUUUUCCCCUUCAGAGUAUGACAAACUUUGCCCCUGUUGUACCUGCUGCACCCUUACUUUCACUUUCACUUUUACUAACUUUUUCAGGACUUCACAUUUUUACACUUUGGUACAAUAAUUUUAACACUUUGGUACGACUCUCAAAGCACAUUUCCCACAAUCCUGCUACCCUUCACACCGUACACACCUCUUCCUGCUUCUUCUUACAAGCAAUAGCCCCGUGACCAAAUUUCUGCCAUGUUCGUGAACAUGCCGUGUGCUUGCUGUGUAGCUUAUGACGCACUUGAUUCGGUCAGCCAAUCCCAAGUGCCCAAGGGACGGCAAUCCCAAGGAGGAAGAGUAACGCAGGCCAAUGAGUGGGUGAGAGGACGGAGGAGAGAGUCUACAUUCUCCAAACGUGUUGCUGUCUAGUUCAUGUCGCAUGAUGAAGACUGUAUUAAUGUUGUUAGUGGUGAUCUGGGUACCGGCUACAGUGAUGCCAGGAAUGUGUCAUUUCACCCCCCAAGUUACAGCACAAGUGGGACAAAAUGUCACUUUGCAGUGCUGUUUUGAUGCUUCAUUGAAUUUAAGAACUCGGACAGUUGACUGGAAAAAAGAUGACAAGCAGGUGGUCCACGUCUACCGCGAUAGAAAGGACUGUCCUGAUCUACAGGAAACGCAGUUCAGACACAGGACAGCUCUAAGGCAUGAAGACCUGAGCAGAGGAGUCAUGACACUGCAGAUCUUGGCUCAGCUCAGUGACACUGGCAACUUCUCCUGUAAUGUGCCAAAAGGCCGGGGUUCAGAAAUGCUCUCCCAGCGAGUCAUGCUCAUUGUGAUGAACACAAGAGAAGUCCAUGCCAACACAACAAGGUCUCCGAAGGAAGACGAGAUGACCACAUCUGACUUUCUUGUUUCUUCAGAAGGGAAGAACACCGGUGUCAUUGCCUUUGCCUGGGUUUGUCUUGGCCUCUUUGGAGCUGGUCUUUUUGGGGCUGGUCUUGGAGUCCUGGUUGAAUGGAGAAAGAUCCGUACAAGAUCUUUCGGAGAAAGCUCCGAGACUCCAGCGUUGGAGGAUGCAAACAUCUGUCAAAUGGAGACUCUGAUGAACCCAAAUGACCUGGGACACACUGAGCAACAAGUGACUUGAUGGUCUCUUUCCAUCCCCUCCUCUGAA